GUAGUUGAAUGUGCUAUACCAAUAUUUGAACGAACACACCCCAACAAGAUAGCUCUAUUCAUGUUUGAUAAUAGUAGCAAUCAUAGUUCAUUUGCUGAAGAUGCCCUUUUGGUUUCGCAAAUGGGUAUGAAAGACAGUACAAAAAAACCACUUCUUCGUGAUGGUACAAUGCCUGAUGGUUCCAAGCAUAUAAUGACCUAUAUAGACAAUGCUAAUAUAAAAAGGCCUAAGGGAAUUAAAUGGGUUCUUGAAAAAAGAGGUUUAUGGAUACCAGGCCUUAUAAAAAAAUGUGAUACAUGUAAAAAAAAUAAGCCUGAUCCAAACAACCCAAACUGUUGCGCUUCGCAUAUUCUUUCAGCUCAACCCGACUUUGCAGCUCAAAGAUCACGCAUACGAGAGGUGAAACGUUAUGCAAGACUUUACUGUGAUUAUAGUUUUAAGAGCCUCAAAAAAACUGUUCUGAUGGCAUUAGAUUCUGCUGCUAACUUUGCAGUAAAGAAGUAUCGUUCUCAUCGUCGAAUUCCAGAACAAGUUCUUGAAGAAUUCGCUCAUGAUUAA